CCAAGGUGACGUGUGAGGCGCUGGCUGGGCGGCACAAGGGCGGCUGUCACUUCUUAUCCCUACCCUCGUUGCUGGCUCCUACUCCUCUCCUGCACACCGCCGCGAUGGGUGGUAAUAUAAGAGACUCUGAAUAUCUUGCUACUCAGUUGCCUUCACACACAAAAAAAGGUGUGAGCACUCCAGCCUCCUUUGGUCUGUCCAUCCUGUGCUGUUUGUUAGUAUUCUCAACACUGCAAAUGUACAAGAACCCAUUGGCCUCAACCAGGCUAAUGACCCUCAUCGCUGGAUAUGUUGCAUCCUGGCUCUUCAUUUUCAUGUUGACUGCUGUGAGCAACUUGGAGAACAUUGUAUUUGGCAAAGGGUUCCAGGCCCGGGUCAUACCAGAAGUGGCCCUUUGCAUGGUUCUGGCAUGCUCAGCAGCUGGCAUGGUGCAUCGGGUGUCAGUUACUGUAUGCCUUCUUUGCUCCAUGGUUGGGCUCUACUACAUCAACAAGAUGGGGCAGUCCAGCACCACUCCCGCUGCUCCUUCAGUGUCAGGUUCAAAAAAGAAAAAGUAAAGAAACUGGAAAUCUGAUGUCAAAGGCAGACCACUGGUCACAUAUACAUUUCAUACCUAGAAAAGAAAGUUUGCUUGUUAAAAUUCACUUGUUCAUUCAUUUAAAAUGUAUUAGUAUUCUGUGAUGAAUAUGAAUAUACUGUCUUUUGUUAUCCAAAACAGUUUUAUUGAAUUUCUAAUGCAUAUGUAGGAGCAAAGUUUUGUAAUAAAGGAGAAAAGUAUU